AUGUUGUACGGCUGCGUUCCUCCUUCAACGGUUGUAAAUACCCCUUCCAGCGGUUACCACAUUUCCUUUGACUCGACUUCGGAGGAGUUUGAUAACACUUUCCCAGUGGUUUUAAUGAAUAGAGUGAAUCCUCAAAAACACCUCUCCACCAUUCAAACAUGUUCCCAAAUUAUGAAGAAGCACAUGCAAAAGAUUGAUGAUAAUCAUACCAAGCUUUUUCUCAAAACAUUCCUCAUCAUCAUGUUGGGAUCCAUUCUUUGUGUGGGUCUAUCUUGCUUAAUUUACUUUACAGCCUAUGCUCAUAAUCCAGAAAACGGAGUAUGGGUAUGGAUUGUCUUUCCAUGUUCCUCGAUCUUCAUUGUUCUUGGAGUUGUGAUUUGGUCCUUCAGAAGAAUUGCCCACAUCACUCAGGUCCAUAAGGAUUGCAAGAAGGAACUUUCAGAAUAUUUGCAAAGUGAGAAUCAAAACUUUUACUUUUCACAAGGCAUUCAAUAUGUUUUGAGAUAUGAAAUUGCAGUGGUAUCAAGUACCAGAUAUAAUCAUACAUUCUCUUACAAGCAUUUGCUAACAAUGCCUAUCAUUGAAGUUUAUGUGAAUAAUACCAUUGUUCCAACUCAAACUUUCAUCAUGGCCACACCAAUGGAAGGUUAUCAAUCUUCAGUCACUGGAGUGAAUGCGACUGUCGUGACCCAACCACCAGUGGUGACCACCAUGUAUUCUCAACCUGUUCAACCAAUGGAUGAAUACGCAAAGCAAAACAGACCUCUCUUGGCAAAUGAUGGCAACAACAUUUAA